UUCCCUGAGCAGCACACUGAGCUGGAUAACAUCUCCUUCAACCUGCAGCACAGACUCAUUUCUCUACACACCAGCUCUGAGUGGAUGCUCAGCAGGGGUGUUUGAGAUAUUAGCGCGCUGUGGGGGGGGGGCAACGGCUCAGGGACUUCUACCAUCCACAGACAAAGAUGGAGCUCAGUGAUAAAGUGAGAAACAAUGUCUUCAAUCAACUCAUACACUUGAAGCCGGCAGUGAGGAGGAAUAUGGGCAAAUCCGAAAGCCAAAUGGAUAUCAUGGAGAAAUCAAGUAAACCAGGAAAGCGUCGUUGGACUUUUGCAGAAAUCGGUCUGUCCGUUCUGCUGCUGUUGGUCAGCUGUGCCUUGGCCGGGCUGGUAGUCCUCUACACAUCGAUUGUGAAAGAACAAUCUAACAAGACGAGUGUGUCGAGGAGCUCAACAAGUGAAGGCCAGCUGUUUCGGUCCAGCCUCAACAGUGUGUGCACAACUGCAGACUGUGUUACUGCAGCUGCUCGGCUCUUGCAGAACAUGGAUAAGUCUGUGAAGCCAUGCGAUAAUUUUUACCAGUAUGCUUGCGGGGGUUGGCUGGAGAGACACGUUAUCCCAGAGACGAGCUCCCGCCACAGCGUCUUUGACAUUCUGAGGGACAAGCUGGAGAUUGUCCUCAAAGGUGUUCUUGAGAUAGAGAAUGAACAGGACAGAAAUGCAAUCAAGAAGGCCAAAGUCCUUUACAACUCCUGCAUGAAUGAGAGCCUCAUAGAGCAACGUGACUCCCAGCCCCUCCUGAAGCUCAUUGACAGUAUCGGAGACUGGCCUGUGGCGUCAGAUGCCUGGAACACCACUACAGAGGAAGCAUGGAGCCUUGAGGACACACUGGCAAAGCUUACUGCUCAUUUCCACAAGAAGGUUCUGCUGGACAUGUACGUGUGGACGGACGACCGGGACUCUCGGCGUCACAUCAUUUAUAUUGACCAACCAGGACUUGGAAUGCCAUCAAGAGACUACUACUUCAAUGAUGGAAACUACAAAAAGGUUCGAGAGGCCUACCUACAUUUCAUGGUUUCUAUUGCGAAGAUAACCCGAGAGGACAGGAACUUGACUCAGGAUGACGACCGUGUGUGGGAGGAAAUGAUGCAAGUACUGGAGCUGGAGACAGACAUCGCCAAUGCCACAUCACCAGCAGAGGAGCGCCAAGAUGUCACUGUUCUCUACUACAAGACGACACUUGGAGAGCUGCAGAGCACUUUCAGCUUCAACGGUUUUAACUGGACACAAUUUAUUCAAGGUGUGCUGUCCAGUGUGUCCGUUGAGGUGCAGCUAGAGGAGGAGGUGGUGGUUUAUAGUUCCCCUUACCUUGAGAAGAUGAACGACGUUCUCUCCAAACACAGUGUCAGAACUAUGCAGAACUACCUCACCUGGCAGCUCAUCUUUGACAGAGUUAAUAGCUUAAGUCGCCGUUUCAAAGACGCCAGAGCCCGUUACAGAAAGACUCUCUAUGGGACCACUGUGGAGGAUGCAUGGUGGCGAGAAUGUGUCCGUUACGUCCAGAGCAGCAUGGAGAACGCAGUUGGAGCUCUGUAUGUGCAUGAAACCUUUGCUGGUGAAAGUAAACAAAUGGUCAGUGACCUUAUCGGUAAGAUCCAGAAAGCGUAUGUGGAAACACUGGAGGAGUUGAGCUGGAUGGAUUUUCCCUCAAAGGAGAAGGCAAGAGAGAAGGCCAUGGCAAUCAAGGAGCAUAUCGGCUACCCGAAUCAUAUCCUGCAGGAAAGCAACCAGAAGCUUGACCAGGAGUACGCUCAUCUGAAUUUUAGUGAAGAGCACUACUUUGAGAACAUCCUCGAGAACCUCAAGUCUGAAGCACACAAGAGUCUGAAGAAGCUCCGGGAACCAGUUGACCCUGACUUGUGGAUCAUUGGUGCUGCUGUGGUGAAUGCAUUCUACUCACCCAACAGAAACCAGAUCGUGUUCCCAGCAGGAAUCCUGCAGCCGCCUUUCUUCAGUAAACAUCAGCACCAGGCCCUUAACUUUGGUGGAAUAGGAAUGGUUAUCGGACAUGAGAUCACACACGGAUUUGAUGACAACGGGCGCAAUUUUGACAAGGAUGGUAAUAUGCUAAACUGGUGGAGUAAUUACUCUGCUGAGCAUUUUAAGGAGCAGUCCCAGUGCAUGGUGCAACAAUAUGGCAACUUCAACUGGAAGCUUGCGGGUGGACAAAACGUCAGUGGAAUCAGCACUUUAGGGGAGAAUAUUGCAGACAAUGGAGGCGUUCGUCAAGCAUAUAAGGCUUAUCUAAAGUGGGUGGAGCUGGAGGGUGAGGAGCCUCGUCUACCUGGUCUAGACAUGGAUCACAAGCAACUUUUCUUUCUCAACUUUGCCCAAGUGUGGUGUGGUGCUUAUCGGCCUGAGUAUGCCAGCCAGUCCAUCAAGACUGACUCACACAGUCCCUUGGAGUACAGGGUGCUUGGAUCUCUCCAGAAUUUCGAAGCCUUCUCAGAAGCUUUUCAGUGCCAAAAGGGCAGUCGAAUGAACCCCAAGCAGAAGUGUCGUGUCUGGUAGAAAGUUUUAUUCUUGAGAAAUGUUUUUCUUGACUUGGGCAACUCAAAUCAAAAGAACAAGUUGUGCUCCUUAAACCCACAGAGACAUACUGCUUAUUAUCAAUUUAUUUUGGGAUUGUGAUAACAGAUAUUUGCAAAUGCUGUAGAUAGAAAUACAAAUGGAUGUCAUCCUGGACUACAUUCUAGUUUCAAAGCACAUACACAGUACAUAUAGACUUAUGACAAGAAACUUGCUAAAGUACCUCCCCAACUCUCUGGAUGAGUAGGUCACUUGUUCUUUCGUGUCCCACGGCAGAUGACGAGUGGGUACGUGAAUAAAAAGGCCACAUGGAAAACUAAGACCUUGUGGAAAAGGUUAAAGCUUAUGCGGCUGGCUUUGAAUGCUUAGCCUGCCUUUUUGAAUUAAUCCUUAAAAAAAUAUCUCGUGCAGAUCUUUGUGAUUUAUCCGUUCUCAUUUGGCACGGAGCUGCCUUGGUGUCGUUCCUCUGAUGUAUUGUUUUCAAGACAGUGUGCCACUUCAGAAGAAACAAUAGUGAGCAAAUCUAACUCUGACUGAAGAGUAUGAAAUAAAUGGACGCUCGGGGCUUUGCCGAAGUAGAGCUACAAUAGAAUUAGUCACACUCUAAGAGUUUGUUCAUUUACUAUAACAUGAAACAAAUUACCUAAAGACUUUAAGACUGUUAAAUCUUUGCAGCUUUAACCUUAAAUUAACAUUCUAAGAGAGCUGCGGCUUUCAACAUUUUUACACUUACAGAGUGGAUAAAUAUUUAAAAUUUACAAAGCUAUUAAGUACUUUUUGGAGGAUAUUUCUUUUUUCUGUUUCUUUAUCAUGUCCUGCAAAUGAUUGUUGCUCAGUACUCACUGCAGAAAUGUAUACGUACAUAUGUCAUGAACGUUUUCCUGUUAGAAACCAUAUUCCAGAUGUUUUGAAAAAUACUGGUGGCCUGCAACCUUUUUUAGCUAGUGAGAAAACAUGUGUUGGAGAUGGAGUGAUGUGAUAAUGAUAAAAACAAACAAUGUAUAUCACAUUAUUGCAUUAAUAGUUACUGCCAAGUCUAGAUACAUACAGUAGGUUAAGUGUUGUGUGUUUGAAGCUCACUCCCUCUCUUUGUUCUGCUUCCACACAUGCAACCUUUUACCACAUUUUGACUGAGAGGUUAUAUAAAACUUCUAACAUUUGUUAGAUGGCACUUACCUUCUUUAGUGAGUAUUAUAAUGUCCGCUUGUAUCAUAUCUGUAAGUUUACAUUUAAGUCGACAUGGUGAUCGAUAUGUAGACAAACUGUUAGUUCCUUCACCACACAAUCUCCUGAGAAGAGACACAAUCACACAGUGAUAACAGGACUUUUAGCCUCUGGUAAAGCCAAUCACAUGCUAAGGGAGAAUAAAAACCCCUCACACACACACACACACACACACUCACACACACUCACAGGCAGCAGCUGAAGUGGUUUGUCCUCUGAUCUCGCAUUGAUCAGUGCUGUGUAAGAUUAAAGGAUGAAGUGCGGUGUGCUGAAGCGUGGUGACCGCUGUAGCCGAGCCACGAGCCACGAGCCGCGGGCAGACACACACACUGAAGUAUGGGGCUUGUCAUUAAAGAGAUGGCCGGGGCCAGGACUGUUAUUUUCUACCUUUAUUAACAAGUAAUGACAGGAGAAUCAAAGCAGAGCAAGACUCAGAGGAGAAGCACUGGCGUGUUUGUGCUGAGGAGAGCCUUAAAACACAGCAGAAAAACAAAAAACACAAAUCCAGUUCUGAAUGUUUGCUCGUCUUUAGUCACAUUCAGUAUGCCUUGGAAAACGGAACAUGACUUUUAGGUCUCAACAGAGGCCGAUGAAUUGAAUGUGCAUAUUGAAGCUUUACUCUGAGUCUGUCUCUCAGUCUUUGCAUAUUGGCAAAUACUGUUGUGUUUAGCAGAGGGAGAGGACACGGUACACUCAGAAUGUAAGUGGUGAUAGUGUGAUGCCAUCUUAAAGCUUGACAUUGUGAGGGUUAAACACUUGGAUGAGGAAAUGUCUACCACUCUCAUAUCUGUUUUUUUUUUUUUUUUAAUAUGAAGCUACAGACAGCAGAUGGUUAGAUUAGCUAAGCAUUAAAACUAGAAACAGGGUCUAUGGUUACUUUGCACAGCAGCUGGAUUAUUGCAAUGUAACAAGAUCACGUAUGCACCGCGGGAUCAUAUAUCACAUACAAAUCCAACUUGUCAGGCUUCAAGUAAAGCGUUUGUGUUCGGUAAGCCAGAACAAGGACCAAUCAGCGUCCUCUGAGGCGCUACUGGCAGCUACGGCAGUGGCUUAGGUGUGUGUGAGACGACACAACUGUGUGUUCUAAACAAUUGCGGCUCCUAAAGAGAUUAGCGUAGAUACCGAAAUAGCAUCAGUUGUAUCAAAACUGGAGAAUAUUUAUUUAUUGGAACAGGACCAAAUAACGACACUGAAGGCUUUUCUCUAUGGAAAAGAUGUUUUCGCGCUUCAGUCUCCAAUGAUGGCCUCUCAGAAGGUUCUAUGUAACAAACCAUCUGGUAGGUCGGGUGAGGUCCGCGGGACCAGACUUUAGAUUUUGGCAUUAAAUAACAAACUGAACCUAAAAAAGGGAAAUAUUGGCAUUGAAAUCCUUAAAACAAUUGUAUUGGAGAAUCUAACACCUGUUCCAGCGGCCCUCUGCCAAACUGUCAGCGUAAAAGAAGACUGAGAUGAAAAAAUAAAAUCAGAAGAUAAUCAUUGAAAAGUGUGUUACCCUCAUUCUUUGUUGGAAGAUUGUUUUAUUUUUUUUGUUGAACUUUUUUUCAGUGCCAAUACAACUUUUAGUUUCAAUGCCAAAAUCUAAAGUCACUGUCUCGGCUCCAUACAAGUCUGGUUCUCUUCUACAGUAACAACAUCUGCCUUCCAGCAACACUAAAACUGUUCCUCCCAAAACAUUACAAACUGUACAUACAACUCACCUCUAGGCAUUCUAUGGUCUUCUGUCAAAUGGCGCUCUCCUUAAUACGAUGGCAUAUUAGGGCCAUUGUAGGUUAAAUACAAAAUGUGGGAAACAGGGUCGGAUGGGUCAUGAAUUUAAAAGAAAAAAAAUAAUAUUUUCUGAUAUUGAAAUCACAAAUUUCAGAGAGAGAGAGAAAAAAAAAGUUUUUCGAUAGCAAACUUUAUCUGGGAACAUAUAGAGAGCCUGGGGAGGGGACAGGAUCCACUUAUAUCGUUUUUGGGUGAACUAUUCCUUUAAUAUGUUGUAUCUCAAUUGUACAUCAAUUUGAACAAAAGCCUGUGUAAAAACAACAAUUUCCCAUAUAUGCUGGACUAAUAUGAGUUUAAUACAGACUAUACAUGUUGUUUCCAGUGGACUGAAUCAGGAUAGCUGUUUCCCCGUUUCUAGUCUUAGUGCUAAGCUAACCGGCUGCUGGCUUUAGCCUUAUUUUUUACAGUCAAAACAAUCGAGAGUGGUGUCAGUCUUCUCAUCUCACUCUCCUCCCGUCUCACCCCAAAUGUCAAACUAUUCCGUCGGUAAAUCGUACGCUACAGAUUUGUCCUGGGCAACAGCUUCGACUCCUUAUUUUGUCUGUUAUCCUCACAAGGAGUAAAACUGCUCAAAAAUGUUAACUGAACAUAAAAGGGUACAUCAUAUACAAUGUGUUAUUGUAGAUACUUGAUGUUCUAUACUGCAGUAUUUACAUAUAAAGGAAUCAAACCAGGUAAGAAAAGAAGCGUACAUUUCUUACCUUAGUUCUAGCUUCACAUUUACGUACAUGGUGACAUUGUGUCGUUUUGAAAUUACCAGCCAAGUACAAAUACAUCAUUGUUAUAUUUGAACAUGUUUUAUCUAUAUACCCAUCAGAAGAGUUUAUUUAUCUACAUACAUAUUUAUGAAAUAAGAUUGUUGCUUUGCAAGAAUUCAGACGUUAGAGUUUUUAUUAUUUGUUCCUUCUGCUAUGUAAUUAUCUAGAUUGCCAUUAAAGUGACUGUCUCAACCAAGAUCUCAAGUCUCUACGUCAUUUUUAUUGAAUAUAUUUGUACAAAAACAAAA